AUGCGCGCCGCGCGGCCGCCCGCGCCGCUCCUGCCGCUGCUGCUGCUGCUCGCGCUCCUGGCCGCGCCUGCCGCCCGCGCCCGCACAGCUGAGUCCGCCCCGGCGCCGCAGCCCGAGCGCCGACCGCGGCCGUUGCCCGGCCCGGGGCCCGGGAACGCCACCCGGACGGGGUCUGCGGCGCCGGUGGGCGGCGGCGGCAGCUCCAACAGCAGCGGCGACGCCCUGGUGACCCGUAUCUCCAGCCUGCUCCGCGACCUGCCCACCCUGAAGGCGGCCGUGAUAGUGGCGUGCGCCUUCACCGCGCUGCUAAUCGCCUGCUUGCUGCUGCGCGUCUUCAGGUCGGGAAAGAGGCUGAAGAAGACCCGCAAGUAUGACAUCAUCACUACUCCAGCUGAACGCGUGGAAAUGGCCCCACUGAAUGAGGAUGACGACGACGAUGAGGACUCCACAGUAUUUGACAUCAAAUACAGGUAAAAUCUAUUUCCAGCGUGUUGGCAUCCUCUGGAACAUUGGUCAGCUGCAGCCUGGGGUGUGAAGGAUCUGGAAGCUGUCUCGUCUGAGGUGUUGAAACCAAAACAAACAUUGUUGAUGAAACUUUGACACCCUUGCGUGUGUCGAACGAUGGCUCCGAAUGUUACUGCAGGAGAGUCGCCUCUACCACCCUUUGGAUGCCCCUUUAAAAUGUCACCCUUUACUCCUCAAGAGGGCUUUUGCCUUGCUAAGGGGCAGGGGUAGAAACAUUUUGACUUAAAAAAACAUAAUUUUAAGGUAACUUGAUAAAAGUAAAGAGUAAAGUUCAGAAGUUAACAGGAA